AUCAUUGUUGAUGCUGAUAACACUGCAUAUGAAAUGUUUAUGGAUUUCACAUAUGGUGGAAACAGAAUUCAAAAGACUCAAUGGGCUUUCCAACAAUGGAAAGAUAAUAAAGUUAUCAAAGAAGAAUUCUUUUAA